UAUUACUCUUUAUAUGAAAAUGGAUCAGUUAGUGAAAUUCAGUCAAACGGCUUUGAAGACAAUAAGAAAAGAAAAAAUUCUGACUAUGAGGACUCUGAUGAUGAUGAGUUAAAGUUAAAAGUAGAAAUGAUAUUUGAAACAUGA